UUAUUCGAUACCCGUCUAUCGCAAAGUCUCCCAUCUCUAGUUUUUUGUUGUUUUAGAAAAUUAUGAAGUGCAAUCCGGAUUCGUGCUAACCGUAAUGAAAUGCCCUCUGGCUUUCCGAAGAAUCCAAUGACAGCCGCGAAGGUAGAUCAAUACAUUCUGCAAGCAUUGCGGACGUGCCUCGGCGGUGUGCGAAAAAUAGUAAUUAGGGAUUAAGGCCGCGAUUAAGUCUAGCGAAACAAACUGAAAAUAUGCACAUACGACUGCAUUUAGUGCGCUUUAUGUACAUAAAUCUUCUGCUCAGCUGCUGUUUCUGGCUCUAUGACAAUGUGGCGGCAGCAGAUGCGCAGGGAAGAGUCCAGGGAGACGCAGCUGGCGGCAGUGAUAGUCCUGUUGUUGUAAAUGGCGGCGGCUCGCACGGAAGUCCGGAUGCAGCUGAAAAUACACACACAAAUCCCCGAAGGACGGAGGCGCCACCAAAACCAGAACCCCCGCCCGCGCCCCCCGAGGAAAAAGUGCCGAAAAGUGCAACGGAAGACAGUGGAGAACCCAUUGCCUCCAUUGCGGAGUCCGAAACUGGCAGCCCGCCAAGAACAGGGGACACGUCAGUGCCUGUAAAUACACCGCUGCCCGUGGAGAAACCAUCGCCUCCACAUCGUGUAAAUAGCCAUAGUGAAUAUGUUAGUGAAUUCGAUUUAGCGGCUAAUGAAAUGCUGCCGCCGCUUGACGAGGCAACAAACGCCGCCUCCCCAUCCCAUAGCUCCACCGCCCAAGUGCCAAAUAAUCAAUUAAAUCUUAAUAAUAAUAAAGGGAAUAAUGCCGGAGAAGUGCAUAGUGUUAGUGAAUUAGAGGAACCAAAGCAGCAGCAGCAGCGGGCGCUGGAGGAGCAGACCCAACCAUCGGAGCCACCACAGGGUCAACAGCAGGCAGAGGAAAGCUUUCCGGAGAUCAUCACAGAGCUGCCAACUGUCACAGUGACAGAGCUACCUCUGGAUCGGAUCAAGAACCGCCUGGAUUCGGUUAUUCUGGAUGAUGUCCAGGCUCCUGCAAGCAACAAAAGCGACGAAGAGCAGCCGCCUCCACAGGAUCAGCCUUUGAAAUUGCACGAGGCUGAUAAGGAAGUGCCUCAGCAGGAUGAGCAAAUGCCGAAGAUAAACGACCCUGGAGGAGGCCCCGAAACGGAUGGAUUAGCCACACCAGAAGCUUCCACGUCCUCUACCGAUGGCAAUAACACCAGCGAAGAGCAAGCCGCCGGAGUCCCCUCUAAUGGGACAGAGGCCAAUGCAAAUCUGACAAAGGCCAACGAGGAGGUGCCCAUGCCCGUGUUCUCCGAGUGGACGCAGAAGCAAAUGGAGGCUGAGGCUAGCCGGGAGCAGGCUAUUGAGCUGGAGCAACAGGUGGUGAAUAAUUCGGCACAGCGCAAGAACAAAACGGGCUCACCGAGCCGGAAGCCACCAACGCUCAAGCUGCGCUAAAACUACGCCUCACCGGAUUGCGGGGCCAAGAUCAUUGCCCACAAUUCGGAAUCCAAGCACACGGACUACGUGCUCACCCAGUCCACCGAUGAGUACAUGCUGAGCCCUUGCGACAACCGGAUUUGGUUCGUGGUGGAGCUAUGCGAGGCCAUUCAGGCCCAGAAGGUGGACGUGGCCAACUUUGAGCUCUUCAGCUCAUCGCCCAAAAACUUUACGGUGGCCGUAUCGAAGCGCUUUCCCACCAGGGAAUGGAGUAAUGUCGGUCGCUUUGCCGGCGAGGAUAAGCGUACACUUCAGACUUUCGACCUGCAUCCGCAUCUCUUCGGGAAAUUCGUGCGAGUGGACAUCACCUCGCACUACGCCGCGGAGCAUUACUGCCCUCUUACGCUCUUUAGAGUAUUCGGUACCUCCGAGUACGAGGCAUUCGAGACGGAAAUUCGGCCGGGCGAUGAUCUGGAUGACUUCUACGAUGACUUUGGAGCUCAAGAGGGUCAAAAGGCAAGCGUCGUGGGCACCGGCGGCAUCUUCCAGAGCGCCUCUGAUGCGGUGAUGCAGAUAGUCAAGAAGGCCGCAGAGGUGCUGGUUAAGCCGACAAAGGCUGUGAAAUGGCCACAGGAAUCACUGCUCUGUCGCACCCCCGCCUUUGGAGCAUACAGCUGCAGCAACUGCAAUAGCACCCUAGUGGAGAAGAUCAACAGCCUGAUAUCCUGCCAGUUCCAGCAGCUGCAGGUGCUUCUAAGUCUCAGUCGCUUGAAGACCGAUCUACUGCAGAGUCGCGUGUGCCAUGAAGAUUUCGGCAUUAGCCUAAUGUUGGAUACGCAUUCAUCGAGCAAAAUGGGCAAGCAACAAAGCUAUUUCCUUAGCAUGCUGCCCGCUGAGCACCUUGGAGCCAUGUGCAAGAUCAUUCAAAUGGAACAGAAUGUUUCCGAUCAUCACCAGCAGACAGAGACGCCGGCUAUAAAGGAUCAAGUCAGUCCGCCCGAGCAGCUGCAGGAUAAUGCCACAUCAUCUGGCGUUCGUCAGGAUUGUGAGGGAAACGAAGGAGGCAGCCUGGAAAAUAAGACCCCGCCAAAGGAACCAACGCCAACGCCAAGUCCGGAGUUUGUGGUGCCUGAGACUAGCCAAGAGAUGCCUUCGAUGGAGAUUCAGACAACUGCAUCCAGCGAAACUGUUUCUACUACUACCAAUUCCACGCCAGCCGAUGUCAAUAUAUUCAAUGUGCCAGCCGAUGCCGAAGAAGUGGAGGUCAAGGAGCAACUACCAGUUCCCCCAGAGCCAGCUAUUCCGACCACUCUGGAGCCCAGUGAUGUGGAGACCUCAACCAGUGCACCGCCAAUUAGUGCAGGAGCUCAAACCUCCAGCGAAGCGCCAGUCAAUGGUGAUAUUGUCAUCGAGGAUGGAAAUCCUACCAAUUGGGAGAGCAUUGACAAUCUAUUGACCACCACCACGGUGGCAUCGAUAACCGCUGGCGGUGGAGCCGCCGCCGCAGCGGCUGCAGUUGUUAGUGGAAACGGCAAUCUGGGUGUGGCGGGAGCUGGAGCUGGAGGCGCAUCAGCUGGAUCUGGAGUAAAUCUGCAGCAGAAACUGACAAAUGGCGCACAGUCUGAGAGUGUGUUCAUCAGGCUCUCGAAUCGCAUCAAGGCGCUCGAACGGAACAUGUCGCUGUCGGGACAGUACCUGGAGGAACUCUCGCGUCGCUACAAGAAGCAAGUGGAGGAGCUGCAGCAAACGCUGACGCAACAGACGCUUACGGUGCGCCAGCUGGAGGACCAGAGUCGACGCUACGUGGAACAGGAGCAUCUCUUCCAGCGGCAAAAGGCCGAGCUGGCCGGCGAGGUGCGGGCACUGAGCUACCAAGUGCAGGCCUGCAUCCUCGUCAUCAUCAUCGUGGGCACCUGCAUUUUUCUUAUGCUCGUCCUGGGCACCGUCUAUUAUCGCAAACUCCGCCGUCAGCAGCAGCACCUUAAAAAGGAGCAAGGCGACCCACCUGUGGCUCCCAUUAAGCCUAAGCUGGAUCGCCGCAAGUCCUAUGAGCAAAUGCUGACUCUCUCCACGCCCAAGCAGCGGCGUCCCAGCGAGGAGGCCAUGCUAAUUCUAAAGGAAUGCGGCGACAUCAACGUCCAGGAGCAGGACGGCAGCAGGGAUUCUUCGAACAGGCAACGCAAAAUUUCCGUGUGCUAUGGCAGUAACAACAACAUAACCGCCAAUAUGCUCAGUGCUGGUGUCCGGAGCUCCCUGCACAGGCGCAAAGGGGCCAAGCACUCCUGGCACAACAGUCUAGACACCAGUGAAACACCAUGCAGCGAGCAGGUAGACAAGUUCUUUGACGUGGACACCCUUAAGAGCCAAAAGCAGAGCUCCGGGAAAACGGCGAAGAAGAAAUCACAGCAACAACAGCUGGCUCUCAAGCGACAGGAAUCCGCGCCGGCGGCCUUCACGCAGACUCAGUUGGCCGAGGAACCUACCAUGCAGAGCGACUUCGACGAGAGUCUAAUAUUAGACGACGACGACCUGGCAAACUUUUUGCCAAACAGCGAUUUAGCGUACAAUGAGUUCAUGCCCGAGGGUCCAUCGGGAUACCAGAUACUGGACACGGUGGAUGCAGGCGGCAAGCCAGGAAGCAAGGAGCAGCAGGGCACCAAAUCACGGCGACUGUCGUCACCAGCGUUUUUUAAGUCGCCAUUUAGCAAGAGCAAGAACAAGGGCUAUGCCUUUAAUAAUGGCAUCAAGAACAGCCACUCGGUGCACGAGUCCACCUCCUGGGAGUGGUACCGCUUAAGGAGGAGCGAGAAGCAGCAGCAGGCUAAGCUGGCCAGCAAGAGCCUGCCCAGCGCCAGUUUAGACAGCUCCUCGCUGUCAGAGGUCAAUUUUCCACUCAAUACCAAUGCAACCACCACGCAAAACUCUUUCCGGAUACUCGGCGAGGCGAUUCUUUCCUCUGGCGAAGGCAGGGUCACGCCAAAUGGCAAUGGAGUUGGGCUAGCCAGCAGCAGUAGCGGGAGCGGCAGCGGUGGCAGCACCACCUCAUCAACCACCAAGAAGAAGCAGCGCGCCUUUAACAACCUAUUUCGCAAAGCCUUUGAUUUUUAGCUCAGAUCCAGUGAUUUUUAUUUGAUAAAUUUGUAUUUUUGCCAGUACGAUGUGUGGUGAACCUCUUGGUGUUGCAAAAUUAAUUAUAAAUGUUUUGUACAAA